CAGAAAACAUUGAAUGCACAGGGAUAUACUGAUUUUAAUCCUCCCACAAAAUUAUGUCAUUGAUCAACACACACACACAGUUCCAUGGUCUCAUUAGGAACGCUUGUUAUCUUUAUGUUACUUUUUAGUCUGAAUGACGUGUGCUUCAGCACAACCCAGAACUGCCAGCUUAGCUCCCAGGAGAAGCCUGGAGAGAUGUCUCCUACUGCCAGCUCGGCUCCUGUGAAGACCCGGAGACUUGUCCUUGGGCUACGCCUCAGCUUCCUGCUGUCCCACCAGGCCCUGCCCCAUUAGAGUGUCUGAGACUGAGAGCAUUUGGCAGGCCUACCAGGCUCAGCUCGGUUAGUCCACCAAUGAGACGAAAGUCUGUCUCGAUGGUCAACAAGUCUGUCACACAGACAGAAAAUAAUCAAUUGUAUUACCAGCUGUGUAAUGCUGCUUACUGUUGUCAUGAGACUGUGGCCAGAGCAUACAGGUGAAGGGUUUACCCACAGCAGCCUUUAUUAUGGCUGGUCCAUUCUACACACCAGGGCCUCCCCAGACCAGAUUCUUAAAGGAACAAGCCAACUUUAUGAGAAAUAGCCUAUUCACUGCCUACCCCAGAGUUAGAUGAGAGGAUAUAUGCCUUUUUCUUGUCUGUGAGUCUAAUAACCCAGUCUGACACAGGCAGCCUAGAUUACUAUAAGUCACUGGAAGUGUGUUAAACCAGUUAGCCUAUAGCUCCCUUUUAGCUAUACGCUGGUCUCAAUAAUACUAGUAAUGUAAAUGACCUUUUACCAAUUACCAUUUUAGAGUAAUUUAACAUCCCCAUAAGUUGUCUUUGUUAGUGUAGAGUAAGAGUUAUGGGGAAGGUGUGUGUGUGUGUGUGGCUGGGGGGAGGGGUUCGUUCUGUGCCCUACAUUCCACUACAGCAGUGUCGGAGCUGUGAGUGUAUCAUAAAAACGGAGGACCGAUGAACUCAGGUUUGUGCAAAAAGUUAUUUCUGACAAAAACGUAAUGUUUAGAUAGACACCAAACUCACAGUAUGGCUAUGCGAGUUUAUCCACAUCUUUAUCUGGUCUAAAGGUGGCAUCUGUCUUCAGUAAGAAAGUCUUUGAGGUGCAAUGGAACUGCUUUCAACCCUCCUCCUCUGCCUGUCCUGUCUCAUCCCAAGUGGAGGAGGCCAGAGUGCAGAGGAGCGCCUGAUGAGCUGGUUGCUAGGGGAAGAUCGCUACAACAAGCUCAUCCGACCUGCAGCCAACCGCAGUGAGCGGGUAACUGUCAGCCUGCAGGUGUCUCUGGCGCAGCUCAUCAGUGUGAAUGAAAGAGAACAGAUCAUGGUGACCAAUGUCUGGCUUACACAGAGCUGGCAGGACUUCAGACUGACAUGGGACGCCUCUAAGUACGAAGGGAUCACCAAGCUCAGAGUUCCCUCAAAGCACUUAUGGCUUCCAGAUGUUGUUCUGUACAACAACGCCGACGGGGAGUACGAGGUGACGGUCUACACCAACGCUAUCGUGUUUGCCAGCGGACUGGUGUACUGGCUGCCUCCUGCCAUUUAUAAGAGCUCCUGCAGGAUUGAGGUCAAGCACUUCCCUUUUGACCGGCAGAACUGCACCCUCAAGUUCCGCUCCUGGACCUACGACCACACAGAGGUCGACCUGGUUCUCCGCACCAAGAUGGCCACCAUGGACGACUUCACUCCCAGUGGAGAGUGGGACAUCCUGGCCCUGCCCGGGAGGCGCACAGUCAACCCCUCAGACCCCACUUACGUGGACAUCACCUACGACUUCCUGAUCCGGAGGAAGCCGCUGUUCUACACCAUUAACCUCAUCAUCCCGUGCGUGCUCAUCUCGACCCUGGCCAUCCUGGUGUUCUACCUGCCGUCGGACAGCGCAGAGAAGAUCACCCUCUGCAUCUCCGUGCUGCUGGCUCUCACCGUCUUCCUCUUGCUCAUCUCCAAGAUCGUGCCACCCACGUCCCUGGACGUGCCGCUCAUCGGGAAGUACUUGACCUUUACCCUGGUGCUCGUGACCUUCUCCAUCGUCACGAGUGUGUGUGUGCUAAACCUGCACCACCGCGCCCCCAGCACACACACCAUGCCCCGCUGGGUCAGGCAGGUGUUCCUGGUCAGCCUCCCUGCCUUGCUCUUCAUGAGGCGCCCGCAGAACCACUCCGCUCAGCAGCGGCUCCGCAGGUGCAGGACCGGCGGAAGGGAGCAGCCUACGGCAGGGCCCAGGAUGGAGGAUGACUUGUGGGACUCGGCUAGCGCCACCGCAGCCGCCUCCUCCAGCUCGUCCUCCGGCUCGCUCGGCUCCAGCACUGAGGUGGACGCUCAGGUGGACCCUGCUUACAGGUUUAAACAUGAUGACGUGCAGAGGUCCUCAGGGCUGUUGGGAGAACAGCGUGGAGAACCAGAACAGAACCCUGUAGUGGAAAGAGCCCUGCAUGGCCUCGAGUUCAUCUCCCAAUGCCUGCUCGGGGAGGAGGAGGACCAGCUGGUCAACGAGGACUGGAAGUUUGUGGCCAUGGUUGUGGACCGGCUUUUCCUGUGGGUCUUUGUGAUUGUGUGUGUGGCUGGAACCCUGGGCUUGUUCCUGCAGCCUCUCUCUCAGCAGGACGCCAUCCCCCUCAGCUGAGCAGAGACCGGACCAGUGACCAGACCAGCAGCAGUAACCCUUCAGUUGACCAGCGACCAGACCAGCAGCAUUAACCUUUCAAAAUAAUAAUAAUAAUAAUACGUUUAUUUUAUAUAGCGCCUUUCUCAAACCCA